AUGGAAUUCACUGGAAACGAUCCAACCGUUGUAAUAAAUGUUGGUGAAAAUACUGAGAAGGAGAAUGAUGAUGAGAAAGAGACAGACAGUAGACGUACAUUGUUUGCAAGUUCUACCAUAGGAUCAACUGAUAAUGAUGAUCAAAAUGAUCAUAUUAAUAAAAAAUCAGAUUUACAGGAUUAUAACAUGAAAGACGACAAGUUGAAAGCUAGAGAUGGUAGCACUAACUCACUACGUUCGAUUCAACGUCCUGUAACAGCUAAAACUUCAUCUAGUGGUAAAAACUCUACAACUUCUAGGCAAAGUAAUCGUAGUAAAAAAGAGGGAAGUGCUGAAAGUCAAAGAAAAACAGUGGGAAGUAGAUCUCCAUCAGCAGGACGAAGUACCAAAGACAGACGAAUAAAUUCAAAUGAUCGUGACAAACAAUUGGAAUCAGUUCAAAAAGAUAAAUCAAUAAGUCGUUCUGGUAGCGAAAAGAAACAAUCAAAGAAAACGAAGUUGAAAUCUACUGAUUCACCUCAAUCAAUUAAGGAAAAUAAUAAAGAACAAACGGUUACUUCACAGCCAGAUUUGCCACAACCUGGUGAUGAAAAUUAUCAAUUCGUCGAGUUGCCAGUUAUGAACGAAUCCGCCCAUAUAUUAUGGAAAUUAUGGAAUAGCACGGAAACUAUAUACAUUCAGAAUUUGAAGUCAAUUUUCCGCCAAAUGCGUUAUCUAUAUUCAAAUAUUAUACCACAUAUGUAUCACAUUAAACAACAGUUUUAUAACUAUUUAUACAGACCUGAUUCGAAACAGCAUUUCCUUAACCAAUUCAUUAGUACAUUUAAUUCUCUAAUGAGUGAAAUGCGUUCAGAUAAAGAGACCAAAGCUGAUUUACAUUGUCGAACAGAUGAUCUGCGUGAUACUUUAUAUGAAAUCAUUGAUGAAACAAAACAAGCUAAUGAAGAUCGUUUGAAAAUUCUACUUGAUAUACCUGGUUGGUUUACAGAUCAUCAAAGAUUGUUGAUUAAUUUAUAUUUAUCAUUAUUUCAAAUUGAAUUAACACGUUUUCAAGAGAAUGCACAAUUAAUAAAGGAUUAUUAUAACGUUAUGGAAGCUAGACCUCAAACAAUUGAAAAUGAAUCGAUUCAAGCUUUAGCGGGAACAAUCGACGCAAGUCACAUUGAAUAUACACGAAUACCAUUAAUUAAACUUCCUGAUGAAAUUGUCGAAAAUGAUGAUAGUUCCGGAUCGCGUAAAAGUACAUCAACAAGACAAAAUUCUUCAAGGUCUAGUUCAAAUAAAUUGAAUAAAUCAAAAUUAACGGAUUCAGGCAACACUGUUUUGUCAAAAUAUUCAACUCCAAUUGAUACAAAAUUGGAAAUUUUACCGAGUGAAUUUCGUAGUCAAAUUAAUUUAUUGAAUCAGAAUUCAUCAUUACAAGAAAUAUUUGCAGCAUUUAGUAAAAAUGGUUUACCUUUGAUUAGUCAGACUAUUUCAACCAAUCCACCAAAUCAAAAAGGAGCCAAAUCUGGUGCUGUUAAAGCAAAUUCAAUUCAAGAAAAAGUGACCCUGACAAAUCCAACUAAUCUUCUUCUAGACAAACCGACUCCAUCUACAGAUCCAUCAAUUCAAUUCUUAUAUAAUGUUUUUUUAGGUGUUAUGCAAACUAUUUUGAAUCAGGUACAAACAGAACGGAAGUCUAGAGCGAGUGAAUCUAUGUUGGAUGGUUAUACAGUGGAGUUACUGCUUAAGCCUACAGAUACAAAAGGUGGCAAAUUAAGUUCAGCAGAUAAAAAUAAAGGUGGGCAACCUCGUAAAGGACAAAGAAAAUCGGUGGUACCUAAGGAAAAGGGAUCUAAACCUGAUGAACAAGCGACUACUCCAGUAGAACUAACUGAAGAAGAUCAAAAGGCUAGAGAAGUUAGGCAGCAUAUUAGAGAAGAACAUAUAGCUGCGCUAGAAAAAGAAGCCGCUAAAACUGCCUUUCGCUUAACAAUAAUAAGGGCUCAAGGAUCAGCCGUUCUAUCAGAUUUACAGGAAAAGUUUUCCCAGUUAAGGCAAUUUAUGACAGACUGUAUUGGAAUUAAAACACUCAAAGAACAUGAUGCUGUGAAUAACGCACUUGAAGUUAUUCGAUAUAUGAUUGAAAAAGAACAGAAACUUCCAGAAAAAAUGAUAUUAGACGGUGAACAAUUUUACAUUGAUGAGAGUGGUACUACUUCACCUAUUUCUAAUGAUUCAUUAUUGAUGGAAAAACUUCGAAUUAAUUCACCAGUUAUAAAUAAACCAAUUGAAUCCGAGCCCCAAUAUUUUAAUCUUAGUCAGUUAAAAUAUCUAUAUGAUAAAUUUUCAACUCUUAGCCAAACAAGAUGUAUUGACGUUGUUAAUUUUCAAAGUAUAUUGAAACCAAUGCUUACAGAACGUUUUACUGAACUAACUGGCUCAUGUUCUACCGACACAUUAAAUGAAUUGUUAACAUGUAUUGUUUAUAAGUAUCGUUUAUUAUUUGAAACAAAUUCUGUGAAAAGCUCAAUUACUACUGAUUAUAACGAUUUGAUUAAAGUAAACAAUAUACAUGAAAAACAAGUUUAUUACAUUGAUUGGCGUCAAUUUUUAUUAGCGGCUUGUCAGCCAGCUAUUACAUAUCAUCAUUCCACUGUAAUUACGCAAUCAAGUCUAGUGGAACUAUCACAAAGACUCAUGGAAUUAGAUCAAUCAGCCAAACACGAAAAUUUACUCAAUGUAAAAGUUACUCGAGCUCAAUUUCAAUUCGCUUCAUUUAAAUGGUUUCCAGUUGGAGUAAAGCAUUAUGAAGAAUUGCAUGAUUUCAUAUUCAGUAUGUUCACAAAGAAAGUUAUUCAAUCAAGAAUCAACGGAACGUAUCCUAAGACUGAUUCACAGAAUACAGAAACCUAUAUCAACUCUCAAAAUUACAAAACAUUGUCAAUGGAAGAAACAGUCGAUUGCUCAGAUCUUCUACUAAAUAUAUCACUUAUUCAAGUAAAAUCUCCUUAUGUCGGCUUUCUACGUUGUUUAUCAACACUUCUUGGAAGACAUGUUCCAUAUAUAUCUGUUCACAACCAACUAAUAGUAGAUCGCUGUGAUAUAGAAUACGAAGGAGUACCACAGGAUUGUCCUGAUGAUCCUAUACCUAAAGAAAUUUUGGAAAAGAUUUUAAGCUUUGGUCUAGUUAAUACAAACCAGUGUCGAACUGUUCAUGAUGAUCUGGAAACGUUUCAAGUUUUGGAUGCGUCUGAACCAGGGAAUUCCCUUAUAUCAGACAAACUUCAAGAUAUAUUUACGAAUCUUGAAAGUAAUGGUCAAUCAUCAACACUCAAGAAUUUACUACAUAAUAUACAUUUUCAAAAUUUAUUGAUCAGUUCAUUAACACAAUUCAAAGGAAUAGCACCGUUUUCAGAGCCAUGGAUAACAGCAUUACAAACUUACUUUAAUAAUUCAUUUUAA